GUUUCGCCACGCAGUGUUGGCAAUAGCCAAGUUUGACACUUGGCAAAAUAUUUGCGAAGUUGUUUUUGCGUUUGUUUGUUCAAAAUUCUGCGUUUUAAUGAUAAUGAAACAAACAGUUUUGUAGGUUAUGCCAUCAGCUGAUCAACUGAUAACAAAACUAAUUUGCAAUGUAAUUGUUGAGUAAAACGCUUUUGGACUAAGCCACAACGUAAAAAUUCUUAAAAUGGACGUAGCAAAGGGUUUCGGAUCGGCUGUUUUUUGGGGCGUUUGUGAUAGUUUCAAGGGAUUUUACAUAAUAUUUCGCUUAGAUAAAGAACUGAACAAACGAAGACUCUCUAGAUUAUCGCCCACACAUUCAAGUUCGCCAAUUCGUCGACGACAAUCAGAAUCGCGUGAACAAACCCCUAAUAGGACUUUGCCAAAACAUGAACAAUCAACAGUUAUGUCGCGAGUGUUCCAGUGUGGUUUACUGAACGGUGCAAUCUUUUUGCUCAGUAUCCUCCUGUUUGAUUAUGCCUUCUUGCCGUCUAUGAAAAAGGUGAUCUUCCUCAUUUUUGGGAAAGACUCGCGAAAUGCGCAUGCAGUGUGGUUUUGGGCCGAGUUGGUUCUGAGUUUCACGUUCCAAACGAUUUGGGUUGUGCCCUUAUUUGCUAUUUCAAAAUUCAUCAACAAUUUGUGGUUCCAAGAUAUAGGACAGUCGGCUUACAAGUACAGUAGGGGUAGAUCAAACGCCUCCUUAAGUCUUAGUAAGACAGUAGCUGAUUUUAUAUUUAGCACAGUGGUAGAAUCGUUCUUCUUAAUCCAAGCACUAGCCAUGACUUAUAGUCCCCUUUACUACUUAGGAUACAGCCUAUAUUUAAUCCACCUAUGCCUCCUAUACUCACUGUAUGCUUUCGAGUACAAAUGGGGCGAAAUGGGCUGGGAGAUUCACAAGAGAUUGACUUGCAUUGAAACGCAUUGGCCGUAUUUUAUUGGGUUUGGAUUACCACUUGUAUUACUCACACAAGUAUCAAAUUCGUGGAUAAUUAAUGGCUGCAUUUUUUCAAUGUUGUUUCCGUUGUACAUAAUUAGCGCUAAUGAAGCAAACCCUGUGGUGGAGUCUUGCUCGCGCAUUAAAAUUUUUUCGCCAGUGAUUGCACUGUCCAAUACUUUGUUUAGUCUCAUAGGGAAGGAAAAGAAAUUACCAGUGGGGCGUCCGGCAGCCCCCAGGAGAUGAUCUAUGCUGAUAACGCUUUUUUAUCGGCCUAGAUAUAGGGAAUAAUUGGAAUGUUUUUCAAUUCGUUUGUUGUUUUUAAUUAUCGCAAGUUGUGAUUGAUUUUGUACCUUGAUAUUUUAUUGAAAUAAACUUAGUUAUUUAAUAAGUA